AUGGAGAGAGUGACAAAGGCGUUGAUGAUGUUGAGUCUUUUGUUGGUGGUUCUUGGUAACGUGGAAGGAGGUAGAAGGAUGCUGAAAGAGAGUGUGAAACAUCCAGAGACUUUCAAUCUUGGAGGAGGGAAUGGUAGGCUUCCAAGCACUCCUCCUGGUAAUUUUGCUGCAGGUGUAGGGUUUGGUCCUGACGGGUUAAGGUUCUGCACCUUCCCUGGUGGAUGUACCAAUGGUAUCCUUCCCAAUAUCCCUGGAACUAGUGUUGGAAAUGGAGCCGGAGGUUUAAUACCGCAUCCAUAG